AUGUUGGAAGGUUUAGUUGCAUCGUUGCUCAAUCGAUUUCUGGGUAUGUACAUACGGAAUUUCGAUCCUGGACAAUUGAAAGUGGGAAUCUGGUCGGGAGAUGUUAAACUACGGGAUUUGGAGCUACGACGGGAGGCGUUGGAUCAAUUAAAGCUACCUAUAAAUGUGGUGGAAGGACAUCUGGGACAACUCACACUAAAAAUACCAUGGUCGAAUCUGCGAGGUCAACCUGUGCAGGUCGAAAUCGAAGAUAUUUAUGUACUUGCCUCGCCGAAAGAAGAUGCAGAGUGGGAUGAAGAGGAAGAGGAGCGGAGGAGACAGGCUGUCAAGAUUGAGAAGUUGGAUAGUGCGGAGAUGCUGAAGGAUCGAAACCAAGAGGGGUUGAGUUUGGAAGAACAGCAGAAGAAUCAGAGCUUCACGGAUAGUCUGGUUACUAAAAUCAUCGACAACCUCCAAAUUACGGUCAAGAAUAUCCAUGUGCGCUAUGAAGACUCGAUAUCCGCGCCUGGUCACCCAUUUGCUCUCGGACUUACAUUGCAAGAGUUCAGUGCUAUAAGUACGGAUGGUAAAUGGAAACCGACAUAUAUACAAAAUUCUUCUGGGACGACACACAAGCUUGCGACCCUGGGUGCUUUAGCUGUGUACUGGAAUACGGAUACAGAUUUGUUAAGCACUGGGAGAGAAGCAGAGGUUCCUGGCUCAACGGAGGUCACAUCGCAUGAUGAAAUGUUGAUUAAAUUCAAAGAGAUGAUUGUGCGAGGCGAAGAUGCAAAACAGGCCAAUCACCAGUUCAUCCUGAAGCCUGUUAGUGGUCAGAUGAAGCUCGAAAUCGACAAAAGUGGUAAGAUAGAGAUACCACAUAUGAAGGCCGGGUUGUUGUUCGACGAGAUCGGGGUGGUUCUUGACGACAAUCAAUAUCGCGACGCGUUGAUGAUGGUUGAUUUAUUCCAUUACUUCCUCCUUCAUCAAGAAUACAAGAAAUUUCAACCAAAAGGGGUCCGGCCAAAGGAAGAUCCACGGGCUUGGCUCAAAUUUGCUGGUAAUGCUAUCCUAAGCAAGAUUCAUGAACGCAAUCGUCGCUGGUCAUGGGCCUAUUUCAAGGAGAGAAGAGAUGAUCGGAUUCGCUACAUUGAGCUUUUCAAGAAAAAGAAGAAGCAGGUUGAACCGUUAUCAGCGGAUGAAACCGAUGAGUUGGACAAACUUGAGUGGAAACUCGAUUAUGAAGACAUGCGCUUCUGGAGAUCCUUGGCCAGGAACCAAUUGAAGAAAGAAAACGUCGGUAUCAAAAAGGCAGCACCGAAGCAAAAGCAAGGGUGGGUUGCUUGGGCUUGGGGUGCAAAGCCACAGGAAGAACAAGAGGAUGAAGAAACAACCAUGACUGAGGAGCAGCGGAAAGAGCUGUAUGAUGCGAUUGAUUGGGACGAGAAGACAGUCAUCGCGGAAAGUGUCGAUCUGCCCAAGGAAACGAUCAAGCUGCAAAUUGAGGCGUCACUCAAUACCGGUAGCUUCACACUAAAGCGCGAUCCUCAUGACAAUACGGUCGAAGUUCUCAGUCUUUACUUUGAUGGUUUCAAAGCAAAGUUUUUACAGCGACCCGAGUCGAUGUUAGCGGAUGUAAGCCUCGGCGGUCUGAGAGUGAACGAUGGUACGACUCCUGACAGUUUGUUCCCUCAAAUCGUUCGUGUCAAAGAUGCCCCUGAAACUCCAAAAGCUAAGCUUCUGCUCAACGGCGAUGAGGAGGAGUCGGGAGAUAUCCCUGAUCCAUUCUUCCAAUUCCAAGUCGAAACAAAUCCUUUGAAGGAUGACGGUGAUGUUGUAGUGACCGGAAAGCUUAAACCGCUUGAGAUUAUUUGGAACCCUCAUUUCCUUGUGGGUAUAAUCCAGUUCUUUAAGCCUCCGGAAAGACACAUGGAGUCUAUCGGGGCUCUUAUGGAAUCUGCGGGAGCAACAGUAGAAGGACUCAGACAACAGACCCGAGCCGGUCUUGAAUUUGCGCUUGAAGAGCAUAAAACAAUCAAUGCCAAGUUGGACCUUCAAGCACCUCUCAUCAUUGUGCCCGAAAACAUAACCUCGAGGAAAACGACUUGUCUUAUUCUCGAUGCUGGUCAUAUCAGUGUGAACAGUGAACUUGUGGACGAGGAAACGAUGCGCGAAGUGCAAUCAAAGCAGAAGACUAUAUUUACAGAUGCAGAUUAUAAGCGCCUAGAGUCUCUCAUGUACGAUAGAUUUGUGGUCAAGCUCUCCAAUACACAAGUUCUCAUUGGACCUUCCAUCGAAGAUACAAAAGCACAAGUCAUGGCAAAAGAUGAUCCUCAGUCGAUGCGCGUAGUUGAGAAGAUCAAUAUUGAUUUCAUUGUCGAAACCUCAAUCAUACCAAAAGCACCAAAUUUGACAAAAGUAAGAGUUUCAGGUCGUCUGCCCGUACUACAUGCUUCUGCCUCGGACAAGAAAUAUAAAAGCUUGAUGAGUAUUAUCAAUGCAGCCAUUCCAAAUUUGGAUGCAGAGGAGCUUCCAGCACAAACAUUAGCAAAGAGUCGUCCACCCUCGACUCUGUCAAUACUAGCACCUUCCUCGUCGAAGCAGCAGAGAGAUCGGGCACGAUCUGCAUCGUUUAACUUCUCGAAACAAGAGGCUAUUAUUCUUGAAGACGAGUCGUCCGAUGAUGAUGACGAUGAAGAUGAUUUUCAAGACGCUCCUAGUGGUAAAGAGAGCGAUAAACUCAAGCUGGAACAAAAGAAUUUCGAACUCAAAUUUGAAGUAGAGCGUCUUCAGGGUUCGCUUUAUAGAAGUGAUCCGGAAGGGAGGAAGCCAGAUCAACUAUUGGUGGAAGUGGUUGCCGAAAACUUUGGUGUGAAUCUUGUUCUUCGUCCGUACGACCUGAUCGUGGAAACUUUCUUGCAAUCCGUAGUCAUGGACGACUACGUUGAUAACCCUCCCGCAGAGUUCAAAUCAAUUGUUUCUUCUGGGGAUAUGGAAUCAGAAGACGAAACUGCCCUCAUUAACGUUAAAGUGGUGAAGGUAAACCCAACCUCACCGGAAUUCAUGCCGAAGUAUGAUGGGGUUGAAAUAAACGUGGAUAUUUCCGUCUCGACAAUCAACCUGGUUGUUACUCGCAAGACGCUAUUGACUCUGCUUGAUUUCAUCUUGAUUACAUUUACAGACCAAGAUUCCCCCCAGAAAUCACCUCAAGCUAUCAAAGAAACUAAAAUUGAUCUGUUGGCUGCGCCAAACGAGUCGCCAUUUGAAGAAGAGGUAGUGCCACCACCCAGGAAGACUGAAUUGUCAGUUCGUGUCAAGGUUGAUUUAAAGAGUAUACGCUUGAUACUCAAUAACGACGGCAUCCGAUUAGCUACACUUUCAUUUAACCAUGCAGACGUGGGUAUCUUUAUAUUGGGGAAUACCAUGCGAAUCGGUGCAAAGCUAGGCGAUUUGUCUUUGGUAGACGAUGUGAAUCUAGGAGCCACCAACGAUUCGAAUCUACGGAAAUUGAUCGCCAUCGAGGGUGACGACUUAGCAGAUUUCCGAUAUGAGACUUUUGAUGCUGAAAGCGGUUCUUAUCCUGGAUAUGAUUCCUCUAUCUACUUGCGUGCAGGGUCUAUCAAAGUCAAUUUCCUUGAGGAACCAUAUCGUAAGAUCAUCGAGUUUCUGGUCAAGUUUGGGAAGAUGCAAGCUCUUUUCAAUGCUGCCAGACAAGCUGCAGCCAACCGAGCUUCUCAACUCCAGCAAAGUACAAGUCGGAUCAAAUUCGAUGUCAACAUCAAAACGCCGAUCGUGGUUUUCCCUCGUGUUAUGAAUGCAGGUAGUGGCCAGAGGGAUCUGUUAACUGCAUAUUUGGGAGAAAUAUAUGCGGAAAACAAAUUUGUCCCUCUUGAUGAUUCAAAAGAUGCGACCAUCGCGAUGAAACUGACCGCUGGUAUCAGAAACAUUCGAUUAACAUCGGACUUCCACUUCCCUGAUGAGAAGGCAGAAGAGCUCGAACUCAUUGACAAGGUUGAUCUAGGUUUCUUGGUCACUUAUGCUGAGCAUACUUCUGGAGCACUUCGUCCGGAUUUGGAGAUCGAAGGCCACAUGUCUGAUUUCAAUCUGCGAAUCACACAAAUGCAAGUGAAGUUUCUUCUCGAACUGGCAAAGUCGGUUCCGGGCGCUUUUAUGGUGGACUCAGACGACAGCAAACAACAAGCUAUAGAGGACGUACCCAAUGAAACGACGAAGAAGGCCAAGGCAAUAACACAAAAAUCGUCGGGUGAUGACAGCAAUAACGAGCUGAUUGAUCUUGGUCCAGAACUAGGCUCCAACUCACAGAGCUGGACCAAGCUUGACUUGGCUUUCCACGUGAAUACGAUUGGUCUCGAGCUUGUUCUAGCAAAGGAGAAUGAGCCAGUUGGUGAUCUUGAGGCCGCAAGUUUGUCGAAAUUUUCCAUGGAUGACACGAAGGUUAAGCUCCGAAUGAUGACAGAUGGCUCCUUAGAAUCAGAAUUCUUGAUCCACGCUUUUACGAUCCAAGAUAGCAGGAAGAGAGAGACGAAUAAGUUCCGAAAGAUCAUGUCAUCUUCGAAUAAGGAUGUUCAACAGUUCAUGGCUAGCAUUACUAUUUCUGGAGGACAAGAACGCAACCUCAUUGCUAUCUUGUCGAUAGAUAGCCCAAAGGUCAUCUUCGCGCUGGAUUAUCUUUUCGCUCUCCAGGCAUUCAUAACAGACAGUUUAGAAGCCGAAGAGCCUAUUUCACCAGAUGACGACGAUAACGCAACAGAAUCUGAGAACGUCUCCGAUGCAGAUUCUAUGCAGGUAGUCAGACCGAAGACGGUAGCUAGUCAAGCAAGGUCUUCGAGCAAAACACCAAGUCAAUCAUCUUCUUCGUCCGAUCAACCUGCCACGACAAUUGCAUUCAGAGUGAAUGUCGUAGACGCACAAAUCAUCUUGAUCGCCAAUCCACUUAGUACGAGCUCCGAAGCAAUUGUACUAGGAACGAAGCAAAUCCUCAUGUCAAAACAGCAUGCUCUCACUCUGCAGGUAUCCGAGAUGGGUAUGUUCUUAUGUCGAAUGGAUAAAUUUGAGGAUACUCGUCUGAGGAUUCUUGAUGACUUCUCUCUGCAAAUGUCGUUGGAUAGUUCGAAGCCAAACGCUCAAAGCAUUUAUCUUGAUGUUGAGCCACUGGUUCUUCGAUUAUCGCUGCGUGAUAUUCUUUUAGCGAUCCAAAUUUUCCAAAGAGCUUCAGAGCUUUCUGGCAAUGACGAUGAACAUGUAGAUAACAAACCGGCUGCGUCUGAUGUCAAGGCCAGACAGUUGCAUAGUUCCUCUAGCUUGAAGCAACGGACAGCUAGUGGCAAAGGUGGUUCAACAAUGAGGAAGACCAAUUCUGGCACUGUUGCUCCGUCUCAAAAAGCUCCAGCUCUCCAAGCUGACACGCAACCAGUCCCCAAGAAGCAUGAGGAAUUGACGGCAACCUUGGCCGGGAUGAGACUCAUUCUGAUUGGCGACCUACAUGAAUUGCCAAUUCUUGACCUCAGUGUCAAGAAGUUCACAACUUCUGCUACUGAUUGGACGAGUAAUUUACGAGCCGAUACCGCCAUCAACAUGUUCAUCAAUGUUUACAAUUUCUCCAAGUCAGCAUGGGAACCCCUCAUUGAGCCUUGGGAGCUGGGAUUGCUGAUAGCGAAGGACUCAAACCCAGAGUGCAUGUCCGUCGAUUUGAUUUCGAAGAAGAUGCUUGAGAUUACUGUCACAUCUGCUACUAUUGCACUAGCGUCGAAAUCUGCGCAGUUCCUCACUCAAUCUGAUGAUGUACUAUCGAAGCCACGAGGAGCUGAUGCUCCAUAUCGCAUACGAAAUUAUACCGGAUUCGACAUCAAUGUUUGGGCAGAUGUUCCUGAUGCUGAUAAUACUAUGGCUGCCACUUUGGAGGAUGGCGAGGAAGCACCUUGGCGGUUCGAAGAUUGGGAGAAGAUGCGUGAAAACCUCUCGCCGGAGAACACUAGUGGAUUUGUAGGACUAAGACUCGAGGGAAGUGGAUUCGAUAGUCUGAACAAGAUACCAGUUAAUCGUGAAGGAGAGACUCUCUACAGCCUACGGCCUCGCAAGGAUAAGAUCUUGCACCGACUGCUUGUCGAAGUUACCUUGGGUACAGAUAACGUCAAGUAUAUCACUUUCCGAUCUCCACUUCUCGUAGAGAACAAAACACAAAUUCCUGUGGAGCUAGGAGUCUUUGAUUCUCAAGAGGGUCAUCUGCUCAAAAUCGAAAAGAUUGCACCCGGCGAAAGUCGCCCUGCGCCUGUCGGAGCGGCAUAUAUGAAAUCACUACUGGUGAGACCAGAUCAGGGAUUCGGAUAUUCUUGGUCGACAGAAUCACUCUUUUGGAAAGAUCUUCUUAAGAAUCCUACCAGGACGAUUACUUGUAAGGGUGAAAGUGGUGACAAGACGCCUCCGUUCUAUUUCCAGAUGAAUGCCACUUUUGAUAAGACUACGCCUAUUACGAGUAUCUAUCCAUACAUGCGAAUUCGUCUUUCGGCGCCGAUUGAGCUCGAGAACUUAUUGCCAUACGACUUCAAAUAUCGUAUCUAUGACAAAAAUACGAAGAAAGAUUGGACGAACUUCCUUCGCAAAGGCGGUCUAAGUCCUGUGCAUGUCGUCGAGCUCUCACAUCUACUCCUCAUGAGCAUUGAUAUGCAAGAUACAGUCUUCAAGGCCAGCGAGUUUGCCAUCAUCAAUUCAAAUAACCAAGAUGACUUCCGCAAGGAGACUGCUCUCGUCUGUAAAGAUCGUGAUGGACUUUCUCUGAACCUCAGAUUGCAUUAUUAUAAGAUUCCGGACAGUGGUGGUGCUUUUAGAGUUACAGUCUACAGUCCUUACGUCAUUCUGAAUAAGACUGGCCUGGAGAUCAACAUCAAACAAAAGUCACUAUUGCAGCAAGCAAAGACGGCGGCCGGCCAAGGGUUUCAUACGGAUGCAGCCGAUUCCGAGCGCCGCAAGGCACUGCCUUAUAUGUUCGCCUAUGGCGGGGAUGAUCAACGGAAUCGUGCUCUAUUGAAGAUUGGCGAUUCGAAUUGGAGUAAACCACAAAGUUUGGAUGCCAUCGGUAGCAAUGUCGAUGUUGUGUUACCUUCUUCAAAGGAUAAUACCGAGAUUCACGUGGGUAUCAAUAUUGAAGCAGGUGAUGGCAAAUAUAAAAUGACGAAGGUCGUCACUCUUGCUCCUCGCUUCGUUUUGAAGAAUCAAAUGAGCGAGGAGAUAAAUGUCAGAGAACCUGUAUCAUCCGAGCUCUGGACCUUGAAACCACAGGCCCUAGAGCCUCUUCAUUUCCUCCAGAAGAGUCCGGUAAAGCAACUUACGCUGUGCUUUCCAGGAUUAAACAACCAGUGGUCAUCGCCAUUUACAAUCUCGAAUCUUGGUAUUACACACGUGAAAUUAGCUAAGGCUGGCCAACGACAGAAACUCAUCAGGAUCGAAGUUCUCAUGGAAAAUGCUACAAUCUUUUUGCAUAUCAGCGCCGAGACAAAGAACUGGCCAUUCUCUAUGCGAAAUGAGAGUGACACAGAAUUCAUGUUCUUCCAGGCAAAUCCUAAUCUAGACGAUGAUGAUGCUGAGGACCGAUCUGGAUGGCGUCCAAUCAGGUAUCGCUUGCCACCCAGAAGUAUUAUGCCAUACGCGUGGGACUACCCUGCUGCAAAACAGAAGGAGCUUAUUAUAAAUGCAAAUGGAAGAGAACGUCACAUUAAACUUGCAGAGAUUGGUAAUCUUAUUCCGAUGAAGAUUGGAGGAGAUGAUCCCAACCUUAGGAACCAAAAGAUCAUUGAUCUUAAUGUCGCGGCGGACGGCCCGACACAAACACUCAUUUUGUCCAACUACAAGGCAUCGAAGAGUUUGUACAAGCAGAAGUCAAGAACAAACUCUUCAGUUGGUGUUGCUGGAGGAUUUGAGGUCAAGAGCCAAGAUACAGCCGUCAACUUCAAAGCACAACUCAAACUUGGUGGUAUUGGUAUCUCGCUGGUAAAUGCCCAAUUGAAGGAACUUGCCUACAUCACUUUGCGUGAUAUCGCACUCAAAUACGCCGAGUCACCUCUUUACCAAACAGUCACUGCGUCUAUCAAAUGGAUACAAAUUGACAAUCAACUUUACGGUGGAAUUUUUCCCAUGAUUCUGUAUCCGAGUGUGGUUCAAAAGGGUACUAAAGAGACCGAAGCUCACCCGUCUCUUCAUGCUAUGGUUACCCGAGUAAAGGACGACUCUUAUGGAGUUAUCUACAUUAAAUACGCAACAAUCUUGGUGCAGCAAAUGACUCUCGAAAUUGAUGAAGAUUUUGUGUGGGCAGUUUUAGAAUUUUCCAAGGUACCUGGAGCUUCUUGGUCAGAAACACAUGAAGGUGUGCUCUGCGAUGAGAGCCUCGAUAUACCAGAACCGAAACAAGAACAAUCUGGUCAAGAUAUCUAUUUCGAGCUUCUCAACAUCCAACCCAUGCAGCUUGAUUUGUCUUUCGUUCGUACCGAUCGAGUCAAUGUUGAGGACAAAACAUCUUCAAAGAAUCCUCUGAUGUUCUUCUUGAAUGUCCUCACGAUGGCUAUUGGUAACAUAAACGAUGCCCCUGUUCGUAUGAACGCUUUGAUGCUGGAGAAUGCAAGAGUUUCUGCCGCCGUUUUAAUGAUGAAUAUCUCGAAUCAUUAUUCACAAGAAGCACUUUACCAAGUUCACAAGAUCUUGGGCUCGGCUGACUUCCUUGGAAAUCCUGUCGGCUUGUUCACUAACAUUAGUUCUGGUGUUGCGGAUAUCUUCUACGAACCAUACCAAGGUUUUAUCAUGAAUGAUCCCGAACAACUUGGUAUUGGUAUCGCGAAGGGUGCCACCAGUUUCGUCAAGAAGUCAGUUUUUGGUGUUUCAGAUAGUUUUUCGAAAUGGACGGGUAGUAUUGCAAAGGGUCUUGCGGAAGCUACCAUGGACAAACAAUUCCAAGAUCGUCGUCGUAUGACUAGAUCUCGAAAUAGACCUAAGCACGCUCUAUAUGGUGUUACAGCGGGCGCAAAUUCCUUUGUCACGAGUCUUGCAAGUGGUGUGGGCGGAUUAGCACGUAAGCCUCUUGAAGGUGCAGAAAAAGAAGGCGUUGCAGGUUUCUUCAAGGGUGUCGGUAAAGGUGUGCUCGGAUUCGCUACCAAACCUGCCAUUGGUGUUUUCGAUCUUGCCUCCAAUGUCAGUGAAGGUAUCCGUAAUACCACAACUGUUUUCGACGACAGCGGACUCGACCGUGUUCGUCUCACGCGUUACAUUGGCGCCGACGGCAUCGUACGUCCGUACUCCCAACGGGAAGCCCUAGGACAAUUCUGGCUCAAACAACUUGACAAUGGCAAAUACUUCAAUGAACAAUACAUUGCACAUCUCGAACUCCCGCGCGAAGAUGUGGUGGUCAUGCUGACCUAUUCGCGCAUUAUGUUGAUCAAGAGUAAGAAAUUGACCAGUGAGUGGGAUGUGCCGUUGAAGGAUAUACAGACGAUUAGUAAGGAGCGGACGGGAUUGAGCUUGACGUUGAGGGGUGGCACCAAUGGUCCGUUUGUACCGGUGGCGGAGGAGAGUUCUAGAAACUUUUUGUAUAAGAAUAUUGGGGUGGCGGUGGGGGAGUUUAAUAAGAAGUAUAAGGCUACGGAGUAG